AUGACGGCGCGCCGGGUGCUGUUCAUGGAUGACUUCCACGCAGCGGCUAAGGCCUUGGCGUGGCUGUUGGCCAUUCGCUCGGUCGCCGAUUCCAUCCCGCCACCUCCUGGCGCUGGCGCCCUUUUUCGCUGGUCGGGACUUGCUCGCCUGGCGCCAGCCCCGCGGCCCUUCCUGGAGCUGGAGACCACCGACGUGUGGAAGAUCUUGGCGGCCAUGGUGAAAGGCAACAACCUUCGGCCGGAUCUGCCGUGGGUCUGCCUCAUGAGCUGCCGAAGUGGCCUCUGCCUAUACUUCCAGAGGGCCUUCUCGGAGCAUAGUGGCAGCCUGGCUGUUAGGAAGUCCGUGGAUCAGACGAUGCAGCGUGUGGAGCAGAUGCUGCAAAGCCUGGUCGGCUCAAAGAACGCCCGGCGAGGCCGCAGCCGAACUCCCCGCCACACAGGCACUAGCGAUCGCGAGGGUGGGGCUCCCCGUCCAGGAGGCCACGGCAAUGGGGAUGAUGAGUGGCACUUGGUGCAUUCGCCAGACCACGGAGACGCAGACACAGAGGAGGCCAUUGCCUGGACUAUGAAGCAACGCGGUGACAAUUGA